AUGGCUCCCAUCUCUAAACUCCUCUCUUUCCUUUUCCUAACAACCCUUUCAUUCUCUCUCCAAAUCCAUGCCAGAGACAGUAAAUUCUUCAGCAAAGUCACUCAUGUCAACAACAAUCUCAAUGACAACAAUCAACAACCGUUAAACAAACCAGAACAACAACAACAACCGGUUUUCAUCCCAGAAACUGAAAACAGUUAUGGCUUAUACGGUCAUGAAUCUGGUCUCCACCCUCCCACAACCACCACCUCAAACAAUGUUGUUCCCAACACUUACCAAUCAUAUCAAAAAACAUCACCACAAGAUGAAAACAACAAUGUUAACAAUUACUUCACCACCUCCCAGAAGGAUUCUUAUACCAACAAGUACCCAAAUGAAAUCAGUGACACAAAGCUCACACCAACUUCUUACAACAACAACAACAAUAACAACAAUUACGACAAGUAUUUUUACAACAACAACAAGUAUGCUUCUAAUGAAGUUGCCAAUACAAAGUUCCCCGAAGAAGCAUACAACUCCAUGGAAAACCAGAACAACAACAACAACAACGACAAGUAUUAUUACAACAACAACAAGUACGCUUCUAACGAACUUACCAACGCAAAGUUCCCAGAAGAAGGAUACAACUCCAUGGAAAACCAAAACAACAAGUAUUACUACAACAACAAUGUUGCUGCUAAAGACAAAUACUACUUCAAAACCAACGGUGCUAGUAACAACAAUUACAACAACGGUGAGAGACAAGGAAUGAGUGACACAAGAGUCAUGGAAGGUGGAAAAUACUUUUACGAUGUUAACUCUGAGAAAUACAACCCAACAUUAUUCAAUGGAGACUCAUCUAAAGGAGUUGUCAACUCUGAGAAUUGGUACAACAAAAAGGGUUACUUUGGUAGCAACAACAAUGUGAACACUUAUGAGAAUAACAAGAAUUCUAUGAAUGGUUAUCAGAAUCAAGAGGAGUUUGAGAGUGACCAAGAAGAAUUUGAGCCUUGA